AGCAGCCAUGAGCAUACUAAAAAGUUAAUGAAUCUGAUCCAGCUUAUCAGUAGUUUAUUUGAACCCUGAUUCUGCCUUUAUUUAUAGAGCAGGCAUGUGAUCCCGCUCAGAAAGCAGAUGUGGCUGCUGUUGUGAUGCAGGAAGGUCUGGCCAAUCUGGUUCUCGUGACUCCAGCCAUGACCUUACUAAGGGCGAAGGUUGAGGUCACCAUCCCCCGCAAGAGGAAAGGCAGUUGUGCCCAACAUGACAAGGCAUUAGAGAGAUUUUAUGAGGCUGUCAUGCAGGGCAUUCUGAGACACUUCAAUUUUGAUGUGGUGAAGUGUGUUCUGGUGGCCAGUCCAGGGUUUGUGAAAGAUCAGUUCAUCUCGUACCUCUUUAAAGAGGCUGUGAGGCAAGACUGUAAAAUUCUCCUGGAGAACAGAUCCAAGUUCAUGGUGGUGCACUCCUCAUCUGGACACAAAUAUUCACUUAAAGAAGUGCUUUGUGAUCCAGCAGUCACUGCCCGAUUGUCUGACACCAAGGCAGCUGGAGAGGUCAAGGCUUUGGAAGACUUUUACAAGAUGCUUCAACAGGAGCCUGAUCGAGCUUUCUAUGGAUUGGCUCAUGUGGAAAGAGCGAGUGAAGCUUUAGCCGUUGACAUCUUGAUGAUCAGUGACAAACUAUUUAGACAUCAAGACAUAGCCACCCGCAGCCGGUAUGUUCGGCUUGUAGACAACGUGAAGGAAAAUGGAGGAAAUGUCAGAAUCUUCUCAAGCCUACAUGUAUCUGGAGAACAAUUGAAUCAGCUGAGUGGAGUGGUGGCCAUCCUGAGGUUCCCCAUCGCGGACAUGUCUGAAGCUGAGGAGGAGAGCAGCUCUGAUGAAGACUAACAUCAUGCUCUUGUGCAAAAGGAUUUGGUAUGAAAGGGUGGAAAUGCUUCACAGUUUGGACUAAAUGGAAUGAAACUCAGUUAUGGCCUUAAUAAAGGUUUUGAAAU